UGCCCCGCGGCGCGGCCCGGCCCGGCGCUCGGCAGCAGCAGCGUGGUGCCGCCAUGCCGAAGGCCAAGGGGAAGAGCCGGCGGCAGAAAUACUCCUACAAUCUCAACCGCAAGCGGCUCUACCGCAGCGCCCGCCGCCGCGCCGCCCCGCGCAUCGCCUGCUCGCACAUCCGCCAUGCCUGGGACCCCACCAAGUCGGUGGCGCAGAACCUGGCCGAGAUGGGCCUGGCCGAGGAUCCCAACAAGGCCGUCCCCAUCCCCAAGAAGAAGCUGCUGGGGAUGGAGGUGGAAAGCGAUGGACGAGGGCAAGGAAAAAAAAUAGUGCGGAAGCCCUACGUGGUGAACGAGAUGGAAUAUGAGGCCAGUCUCCCCGAGAAGAAGUCAAACACACUCUCACGAGACCUCAUUGACUACGUGCGGUACAUGAUACAGAACCAUGGGGAGAACUACAAGGAAAUGGCUCGAGACGAGAAGAACUACUACCAGGAUACUCCCAAGCAGAUUAAGAGAAAGAUCAACGUGUACAAGAAUUUCUAUCCCGAGGAGUACAAGGAUUUCGUUGCAUCACUCAAGCAGGAAAAGAUGGAUGUGCAGUGACUGCCGGUUUUUUUUUCAGGUUUGCCUGCAAGUGCAAGCUUGAUGUGACCAUAUUCUGAACUGAGCGGGGACUGACAAACAGGUGACAGUUACAGGCUCAGCACCAGCAAGCUGAGCUACACAAAAGCUCUGGUGAUGAGGAAAGACCUUUAUCAGACAGAGACAGUAAUAAGGAGGCGUGAAAGACUCUUGGCUGUGGCUUAUGGCGCUGGGACCGAACGUGCUGGGCCGCUGGGCCGCUCCCUUUCUGUGCGGCAGGCAGCACUUCUUUUGCCUUGUUAAAAUAAAUUGCUCUCUCAAGCUGG